AUGAAGGUCGCUGAAAUCCUGUCAGAUCUGACAUCUCUGAGGGCUUGCGGCCAUGCCGAAGCACUCGCACUCGUGAAUGUCCACAAGACCAUCGCGAACUCAGAUCCGCAGCAGCAGAACCGGAAGCAGACUGAACAGGUCCUUUCCCCAAAUAUUGGUGAAUCAACCCUAACCACGCAAUCCGAAGAACUGCGCCGCGCAAAAGAUCUCGUUGAGCUUCAUCAUGAUAUCAAGUUAAAGCAGCUGAACAGGCACAAUGGUGGCUUGAAUGAGGAGCUUCAGAAGGCACGACGGGAUGUUGAUCGCGUGUUGCAGGAGUUGGGGUAA